GUCCUUCGAAGAUGAUUGGUUGAUAUUGGGGCCCACUUGCUCGCCGACGGUUUCGUCAUACGCGCAGCGAAACAGACGAGCAAAUCUCCCCCAUUCCUUCCGCCCGAAGAAACCGUGUCCGGUGGCGCGAACAGAGUCAAAGAGCCAAACGAGAAUAUGCUUUUGAUAUAAAUGUUCAAUUUCUGUUCAUUAAAAUUAGUUGGUGUAAAUAUUUUUUUUUUUGGGUUCUCUGAUAAUCUUCUUCUUCUUCUUCUUCGCUCAUGGGGGAUUCGAUUUCGGUAGCCGUAGAAGAAGAACACGAUCUAGAUUGGGAACAUGUGUUCGACACCGCCCCCGAGGUUAUGGCGGAUUUGUUUGGAGACAACUCUCUUCCUCCCUCUUCUGAUUUAUCACUGGAAGCUUCCGGUGAUGUGAUAUGCGCAAACUCCUCUCCAGAUUCGUUGUCCUCGUGGAUUGGCGAGAUCGAGCACUUGCUGAUGAAGGACGAUGAUGACUGCAACGGGGUUCUUAUAGAGUCUAAUCCCCAAUUUUGCAACGAUUUUUUGGCAGAUAUUCUUCUUGACUCGCCGGCCGAUCCAUCUGCUGAGAAUUUCAAUGUUUCCGAACGCAGUACUUCGAGUCCGUUGGAGGAUGGUAAUUGUUCCGAGAGGGAGAAGAUCGACGCUCCGGACGCAAACAGCAAUGAGAGCUACAGCAACAACAACAACAACAACGAUAGCGGCGGCGAAGAGGAAGAUCCGAUUUCGAAGAAACGUAGAAGGCAGUUGAGAAAUAGGGACGCUGCUCUGAGAUCAAGGGAAAGGAAGAAGAUGCAUCUGAGAGAUUUGGAGACGAAGAGUAGGUAUUUCGAAGGGGAAUGCAGGAGACUGGGACGAUUGCUCCAGUGUUGCGUUGCAGAGAACCAUGCUCUCCGUCUUCAAUUACAUAAUGGCCAGGCCUUUGGUGCUUCCAUGACCAAGCAGGAGUCUGCUGUGCUCUUGUUGGAAUCCCUGCUGUUGGGUUCCCUGUUUUGGUUCCUGGGCAUCAUUUGCCUGUUGCUCCCUCUGCCCCCUCGGCCUCGGUUGACACCGGAAUCAGGAUGGGAGGAAAGCGACGGAGGCAGAGCUUUGGAAAGGGCGGCUCCAAGAGGGGCAAGAAGUAAGAGCAUCGGAUUACAGGUGUUCAAGAGUAAGAGAUGCAAAGCUUCGAGGACAAAGAUGAAACCAACCCCUUUACCUCCUGUUGGAGUUUUUGGUGCGAGGCAUCGAGCAUCCUGUAUUUUCCAUGGCUUUCCACCACUUUUCAUCCUGAAUGUUUAGAUUUCCUUCUCCACAGGACUACAUAGAUGAAGUCCAGUUCCAGAGGCCCAUUCUAAGUAGUGUAGUUGGUAGCCGUUUGUAGUAGUGUUGGCGAUGAUUUCCCAUAUUUCUUGGUUUCUUCUUAUGGAGCACUACUCUUUUCCUCCCUUCUUAUUUUGCUGCUUAGCCGUUUGUAGUAGUGUAGUUGGUAACGAUGUCCCAUAAUUCUUGGUUUUUUCUUAUUUUGUAUUACUAUUUUCUCACCUAAAAAUAUAUAUUAAUUUCUUUAUUGCUCC